CAUGUAUUUCGUUUUAGCUGCAGAAAAUUCAGCUAAAUUAAGCAAAGAUUAUUCAUUUUAUAUGCAAUUUUUUUAAUAUCUUUUUUCCUCUAAUAUGUUUAUUUACUUCAUUCUAAUCGCAAAAAGUAUGACAUAUCACAGCAAAAACAAUUGAUUACGAUAGUCGCUAUCACUUGCUGUCAUUGCUAUUGAUCAGCUGAUUUAGCAUUAGAAUUCUCGAUGGAAAGCAAUGGAAAGCUGGACGGAAUUUUGUACCAAAUCUGUUAUCGAUAACAUUGUCUUUUAUUUGGCUGAUGACAAACAUAAAAAUUCUUCAGUAAUCAAAAUAAAUAGCGAAAAUUUAUCCGUGAAUGGAGAGCUAUAUUUUUUGUGUAACUUCAAAGCGUGGAAAAGUAUCUCAACAUGCGCCAAGAAUUGCACAAGUAUUUUGCAACACUUCGUACACAUACACAGUACGACAAAAGAUAAUAUAGACAUAGAUAUGACUGAGGAGCAGAUCUUCAAACAGUUAAUUCUAAAAAGUAACAGCUGGCCAAUAAGAAUACAACAAUGCAUGUUGCAAAGAGAAAGGGUUUGCUUGUUCUUUAAUCGAGAAGAUAUCAUUGCCAAUAGUAUAAGGAUGGCUGUCAAACAUGGGGUGUCGUUUGGAAGGAUUAAAUUGAUUGGUAAAGCAUUUAAUUUAAAGUAUCAGCCUGAUACACAAUCGGAUCUCACUUCUCAUAGACUGCGUCUAAUAAAAAAUAUUGCUACAAAGGCAUUAAUUCUACAUGGAUACACAUUAUCCACUGAGGAAAAUUGUGCUGGCAAAUAUAUGUUUACCAGCAAAUCAGAAGGAUUGGUUGAUAAGGGAUAUGAGAAAUACGUCUGUGGUGUUGUAAAGAAUUACCAGACAAAUUCGAAAGAGAUAUGUCUUACAUUGGAACAAUAUAUAAAAUGCAAAAUAGAUCAAUUGGCAGAAUUGAGCGAACAUAAGCUUAUCGAGAACGAAAGAAAUAAUACAAAGAAAGAUCUAUUUUUGUACAAUUUAGCCAAUGCCAUUGUCACCUUUGAAUUAAUGGCUGUGAAACCUAGUCGAUCAGUUGUUAUUGGAAAUAAUAAUUUGCAAGACAAUAGAAGCAUUACAAAUAACAAAGGUGCCUCAUUUGUAUUGUACAACACUGCCAGAAUAGCAACAAUUAUAAUGAAGUACAAUGAAAAAGUGUCAUAUGGAAAUUAUCCAAGUUUGCCAAAUAUCGAAAAUGUAGAUUUUUCACAAUUACAUGAAGAAGACGAAUGGGAGCUUAUAUAUAAUUUUAUCUUUGGAUAUCCACAAAUGAUAAAUGAUUGUUUAAAAUGUGAGACGAAUUUUUGUAUUUAUCCACAGGUAGUAUGCCUAUUUUUAUCACGAUUAUGUCAAAAGUUUAGUAUCUACUAUAGAAGAAUCAGAAUUCUAACGGAAGGAGGUGAGCAUUUGAUUUCCAAGAUGUUUGCAAGAUUGUAUAUGUUGUAUGCAUUGCAAGUUGUGCUCGAGAAUGCAUUGGACAUUUUGGGUAUUACACCAGUGUCGCAAAUGUGAGAUAAUAUCGCGAAAAGAAAGAUUUAAAUAAUCUUUAUUCAAAAAUGGAAAUUUAAGAUAAACUAAUUACUUUUAUAAAAUGAUAAUAAAAUGCAAUUUGAAAAUUA